AUUUAAACUGCUUCAUCAGGUCACCUUACGACCGUCAAUUCCUUUUUCAAUUUCGUUUUUUUUUCUCCUUCAACUAAAAGUUAAAAAACCACAAGUUGAAGUCUUUUCUCUUCAUAUCUCCUCCUUAAUUUCUCUCAUCAUUGAGUAACAAUGGAGAAUGGGCUGCCAAUGCUCAACUGCUUAUUACAGCACACACUCAGAAGCUUAUGCUCCCAAUCUUCUAAUUCCUCAAACCCUUCAAAAUGGGUAUAUGCUGUCUUUUGGAGAAUCCUCCCAAGAAAUUAUCCACCUCCUAAGUGGGACCAUGGAGGAAGCCUGCUCGAUCGAGUUAAGGGAAAUAAAAGAAACUGGAUUCUUGUAUGGGAAGAUGGGUUUUGUGAUAUUUGCGAGUGUGAAAGAGAAGGCCGUAAAUGCUCGGUCGAUACUGUUGUUUUCGUGCUGCAGAGUUGUAGGCAAAGUUGCAUCCGAUUACGGCCACAAAUGGGUUUAUAGAGACAGCCCAAAAGAAAUUGAUCCUAACUUCAUCUCUUCAUGGAAUAUGUCCAUUGACCCUCAACCAAGAGCUUGGGAGGCUCAAUUCAGCUCAGGCAUUGAGACUAUCGCAAUCAUAUCCGUUAAAGAAGGAGCUGUUCAACUCGGCUCAUUUGAUAAGGUCGGUGAAGAUCUAAAUAUGGUCAUGAGCAUACAAAGAAAACUAAGCUACAUACAGAGCUUACCGGGCAUACACGCAUUACAAAGGCCAUACCAACCGAUCCAAGACUCGAACUUUCCUAACUAUAACAACUCCCAAAGACUAAUAAUGCAAAAUUAUGAGAUCCCAUCAAAUGGUUUGCCUACUAAGUCCAUCCUUUUAGGGUAUAAUCUUUUGCACUCAAAUGGCAAUCUUGGAGCACUUUUUACGAACACACCCUUUGUUCAAAUACCAUAUUGUGGUCCCGAAGGCAUUGCGAAUAUUUUACAAAGUAACAAUUUGAAGGGCGAAGAAUAUGAUGUGGCGUUCGAUGAGAUCUCGGCAGUUGAUGUUAAGGUGGGUAUAUUGGCUAGUAGUAUGCCAAAGGACGAGCUUCAAGAUGAAAAGCAUAACCAGGAUAGUGUUGCAAGUCGUGAUUGACAAGUAUUUUAUAGUUCAUUUGUUUGUUUUUUCAGAAGCAAUUAUGUGCAGGAAGUUGUUCAUAUUGUAAAGCAAUGAUACACUGUUGUGAUUAUGCAUUCAUUAUAUUAAUUUAUACAUAUUGUGAAA